GUGGCAAAAUUUUCUUUGCAGUAAGAGUAAAAAUCACACAGAACAAUUUUGUAAUUGUAAAUAUUGAAAUAAAUUCCUUGGCGUAAAUUUAUGUCAUUCAAUAAAAUAUUUUUUGAAGAAAAAUAAAUUUACUUAAAAGCACUAACAAACUGGAAUCCGCAAUCCGCAUGUUUAUUUAUUGAAUUAACAUCGUAUAUAUGCAUCAAUUGUAGUAAAGUGUAAUAGUUAUUAGAUGGCGUUUCCACAACCAAAUGCACAAAGAGAGUUGACCAAUAGAAAGAUCCUAGAAGAACUUCAACUUAAAAAGCAAAUGUUAUUAAAACAAGGUGCUGUUGCUCCGUUAACUACUACUACUAUAUCAUUGACUCAACCUAACCCUGUUAGUCAGCUACCUAUGUGCUCGAUCCCACCUCUAUCAGCCACUGCUGGAUUUCCACAACUACCAGAAGCGAACAUUGUAAACACCAGCCAUAGAGCUGCAUUGCAACACGCCAACGCUACCUCUUGUGGUUAUUUUGUUUCACAAGACUCCUCUUUUGGAAAUCAAAUAUUACCAGUGUUACCAAGAUUUGAUAACAAAUGA